ACUGCCUAUCAUGAGCAGCUUGCCGCGCGCAGCGAGCUGAUGGCACGCUACAAAGAAACAAGUGACAGCAUCUGGUGUUAUGCUCCAAGUCUUACUUCACCACUUGUAGAUCCUAUUACAGUCAGCUUGAAUGACCGUCUUACUUCACCACUUGUAGAUCCUAUUACAGUCAGCUUGAAUGGCCGUAGCUUUUUAUAG